UCAUGAGUUGACCCAUACAAGAUUUUUUUUUUUUAGACCCAUACAAGAGUUGCCCCAAAAUAUGUCAAUAAAAAUUGUGAAAUUCAAAAAAAAAACUCCAAUUGGGUUCACCUGUUCCUAUAUAUUCAACCUUCAAUCAAUCCCUUCCAUAUUAACCAUUUAGAGAUCUCUCUCUCCUACCUCUCACUCUCUCCUCUCUCACUCCUCUCCCUCUGAUUCUUUCUCUCACUACUUCCUUCAUUCACUAUCGCUUUGGAGAAUCCAAAAAGCAUGGAUGGCAGUUGCAUAGAAGAGACCAUAAGUGAUUCAGCUUCAGCCUCUGCGUCACCCACCACGGUCUUACCUUCACCGCCGGUGAACAAACCGCCGGAGAAGCUUUGCCGAGUCGGUAGUGGAGCAAGCGUUGUCUUAGACUCAGAAAGUGGAGUCGAAGCCGAGUCACGAAAGCUCCCUUCCUCCCAAUACAAAGGCGUCGUUCCUCAACCCAACGGUCGAUGGGGAGCUCAGAUAUACGAGAAACACCAACGUGUUUGGCUUGGAACCUUCAAUGAAGAAGAAGAAGCGGCUAAAGCUUACGAUAUCGCCGCUCAAAGGUUCCGCGGCCGCGACGCCGUCACCAACUUCAAGCCCUUAUCAGAUACCGAAGAAGACAACAUCGAAUCCCUCUUCUUGAAAACACAUUCUAAAGCGGAGAUCGUUGAUAUGCUCCGUAAACACACCUACAACGACGAGCUUCAACAAAGCAAACGUAAUUACACCGGUUGUUAUAGUUCCGGCGGCGUCGGCGUCGGCGGCGGCGGCAAUAAGAGAAACAACGAAGAAGGAUUCUCGACUUAUCCCGGUUCUUCCGAUAGGCUUGCGAAAGCCCGGGAACAGCUCUUCGAUAAGGCGGUGACACCGAGCGAUGUCGGGAAGCUGAACCGGUUGGUGAUACCGAAACAACACGCAGAGAAACACUUCCCACUUCAAAUCGGAAGCACUUUAAAGGGUGUUCUGUUGAACUUUGAAGAUAACGGAGGGAAGGUAUGGAGGUUUAGGUAUUCGUAUUGGAAUAGUAGUCAGAGCUAUGUGUUAACCAAAGGGUGGAGCAGAUUUGUGAAGGAGAAGAACUUGAAGGCCGGUGAUAUUGUGAGCUUCCAGAGAUCUACCGGAGUUGAUAAGCAGCUUUACAUCGAUUGGAAGCCAAGGAUUGUGUCUGGGCCAACUGGGUUUGUUGGGUCUGGACAAGUGGUUCAAUCGCCUGUCUCGGUUCAUCCGGUUCAGGUUGUUAGGCUCUUUGGGGUCAACCUGUUCAAGAUUCCUGCAGUUAGUAAUAUUGUUGGUAGCAGUAGCAGUAGUUGUUGGACUGGCAAGAGGGUGAGGGAGACAGACAUCUCCUUCUCCUCAUCCUUGGAUUGCUGUAAGAAGCAACAUUUGUAACAUUUUCCCUUUUUUUUUUUGAUAUAUUUUAGGGCUGUAAAUGUUGGAGGGGACCAAAACGGCAGAAAGGGUGGCAGCAACUUGCAAGGGUUGAUGUGUAUAAUAUUAGUAUAGAGGAAGCCGAAAAUGUUGAAAUUAGGUCCAAAGAGUACAGGGCAUCUUCUUAGAUUAUCGGCUAAUCUAUAUGUAUUACGUAGUUAUGAUGAGGCUGAAAUUUUAUAAAAUAGUAGAUCCAAAGGUUCUGCUUAUAUGUAAAGUUUUAAAGUUUUGAUAUGUUUAAUUAGAAUUACUAAGUGGUAUAAUAAAGAUUUUAAAAUCAAGAACUACAA